GCGACGCGGGCCGCUGUGACGGCGGCUCCCGGGCCGGCGGGUCGGUUGCUCCGCGCGUCCUGCGUUCGGGCCGCCCGCCCUGCCCUCGCCAUGGCGCCCUGGCUGGCCCUGCUGUCGCUGCUGGGGCUGCUCCCGGCCGCCGCCGCCGCCGCCGCGGGGCGGCCCGGGCCCGACGCCGAGGCCUGGGAGCCGCCGCCCGCGCAGCUGCUGCCGCCCGCCCGCUUCGCGCUGGAGAUGCACAACCGGGCGGCGGGGACGCGGGCGGUGCUGGGCGCCGUGAGCGGCCGCGUCCGCCGGGACGACCGGGGGUCCCUGUACUCGCUGAAGGCGACCCUGGAGGAGCCCCCCUGCAACGACCCCACGGUGUGCCAGCUCCCUGUGUCCAAAAAGACCCUGCUCUGCACCUUCGAAGUCCUGGACGAGCUCGGGCAGCACAUGCUGCUCCGCAGGGACUGCCGGCCGGUGGACAUCAAGGGCACAGGUGUGGGCCUGGGGGGGGGGGCGCAGGGGCAGAGCUGGGGGCAGGCGCCCCGCAGGCCUCAGCUUGCCUUUCCCCUGUCCCCACCCUCCCCAGAUGAUGGGAACGAGACUCUCGGUUCAGCCCUGCCGCGGUUGGACCAGGAUGAUCCGAUGCCCCAGGACUUCUCUGUGAAGAUAGCGUCUAUCUUUAAGGACUUCGUCAUCACCUACAACCGGACCUACGAGACAGAGGAGGAGGCACAGUGGCGCAUGUCGGUCUUCGCCAGCAAUUUGAUUCGAGCGCAGAAGAUCCAGGCCCUGGACCAGGGCACAGCUCAGUACGGGGUCACCAAGUUCAGUGACCUCACAGAGGAGGAGUUUCACACCAUCUACCUGAACCCGCUGCUCAAGGAGGAGAUGGGCAUGAAGAUGCGCUUGGCCAAGCCCGUCGGUGGGAACAUCCCCCCCGAGUGGGACUGGCGGAACCAGGGGGCUGUCACCCCAGUCAAGGACCAGGGCAUGUGCGGCUCCUGCUGGGCCUUCUCGGUCACGGGCAACAUCGAGGGCCAGUGGUUCCUGAAGCGGGGGGACCUACUGUCCCUCUCAGAACAGGAGCUCUUGGACUGCGACAAGACGGACAAGGCGUGCCUGGGCGGUCUGCCUUCCAAUGCCUACUUGGCCAUCAAGGUCCUGGGCGGCCUGGAGACCGAGAGCGACUACAGCUACAAGGGCCACGUGCAGGCCUGCAACUUCUCAGCUAAGAAGGCCAAGGUCUUCAUCAACGACUCAGUGGCCCUGAGUCAGAACGAGCACAAGCUGGCAGCCUGGCUGGCCAAGAACGGGCCCAUCUCGGUGGCCCUCAACGCCUUCGGCAUGCAGUUCUACCGUCGGGGCAUCGCGCGCCCCCUGCGGCCUCUCUGCAGCCCUUGGCUCAUCGACCACGCCGUGCUGCUGGUUGGCUACGGCAACCGCUCCUCCCUGCCCUUCUGGGCCAUCAAGAACAGCUGGGGCUCAGACUGGGGCCAGCAGGGUUACUACUACUUGCACCGGGGCUCCGGCGCGUGUGGCGUGAACACCAUGGCCAGCUCGGCAGUGGUGAGCGGAAGACCGGUACCUCACAACCUGGUGUGACCGGGGCAGCCCGGUCCCUGGCCCGGCUACACAUCCGGGACUCCUCCGGAAGGCCCAGCGCGUCCAGGGGUGCCAUGCCACUGGGUCAUCUGGGGCUGAGCGCGGGGCUGGGAGGACGCCCCUCCUCUCCCUCCUCCCCCCCCACCCUGCCUCUGUUGGAUCCCGGUUGUUAGCAGGAUCUUGGGGUGCAGCGGGUACUUGAAGCAGCGGAAGCCGGGGAAGGAGCCCCGAGCCCGGAUGGCGUGGGUGGAGGGGGUCGCUCUGACCCCGGCGCCCUUCUCUCCCAAGCAGGCUUCCCACCCCAGUUGCCCUUGGAUUUGGGGCGCCCCCUCCUGGGGUGGGGGGCAGACUUCCUGCCCACGCCUAGAGAAAUAAUCGUAGCCUACCUUUUCUAACAGCAAUAAAGAGGUGCCUGAG